AUGUAAAAUCAAUAACUUGGAUAAAAAUUAUCUAAUAUAAGUUCAAUGAUUUAGUAAUACUAACCUUUGCCUCAAAGUAAUUUAAUAAUUAACUUUAGACACAUCAACAAUCACAUCAAUUCCCCCACCUACACCCUAAUCAAUAAAAUAGCCUCAAGUACUUCAAUCCUUAAUAAAUGAUUAGAAAUAAUUUUAACAGUAAAACUUGUUGAUUAUACUAGGGAUGUAUCAGGAUUGAUAGCCAAAUUAGAUUAAAUGCAAUAUUAAAAUAGUCCUAGAAGAAAUUAACCUACAAUAAAUGGUUAGAGUCAAGUAUAACCCUUUCAAACAUAGCCUGAUUUUGUAGUUUAACCUACUCUUUCUUCUCCUACUAGUCGUUGUGCACCUUUUUUGAAGCAAUAAGAUACUAAGAAAGCUAAAGAAUAAAAUACUAAUAUCUUAAGAUAAGCUGAAUAACUUGAAUACUUUAUACAAGCAAAUAAUGAAGUAUGUAAACUCUUAAUAUUUAGUUAAAAAAAGCUUUAGCAUAAUCUAACAAUAAAAUUACUGAACAACAAAAACAUUUGGACCAACUUAUUAAGCAAAACGAUGAAUAAAAAUAACAAUUAAUUACAAAUGAAUAAAAUAAAAUAAUUCAAUAAAAAUAGUAUAAUGAUUAGAUUUAAAAUAUGUAAAUUUCACACCAAAGAGAGAUUUAACAAAUUAAGAACAAUGAAAAUGAAUAAAAAUAAAAAAUUGAAAGUUAAUGGUAGCAAAAGUACAAUUUAAAAUCUAAUGAAUUGAAUUAAGCUACAAAAUUACUUAACAAUAAAAUUAAUUCUUUGUAAAAGGAUGUCAAUGAUAAAUAAGAAUAGUUAAAUUCACUUAUAUUUCAAACAAAAGAGCUUUCAAAUUAAUUAGAAAAAAGAGUAUAGGAUUUGAGUGUAAAGGAAGAAUUAUUAUCUGAUAAAUAAUUUGAAUUAGAAAAAUUGUAGAAUGAAUUUAACUAAGCUUUAGAAAAAUAUGAGCAUAAUAUCAAAGAUAUGAUUUAAAAUCAUACUUAAGAUAUGAUUUCUUAAGAUUAAGUAAUUGAUGAAUUAAAAUAACAUAACAUCAUUCUAAGUUAAUAAAUUAUUAAAAUUGAAUAAUAAUACUCUAAAGAUAUAGAAAACGUAAAGAAGAAUCAUCUUAAAGAACUAAAUGAUAAAUUAGAUGAAAUAGUUUAAAAAAAUUUAAAAGAGAAAUAGUAAAUUCAAAAUCAUUAUGAUGAAAUUAUUUAUAAGUUAAAAAAUGAAAAAAAUAAUUUAUAAUAAACCAAAGAUUAAUAACAAUUAUUUUUGGAAUAAAAGGUGUAAGUUUUAAGUUAAGAAUAUAAAACAGCAGUAGAAACAGUCAAAAAGUAAUAAGAGAAAAUAUUAAUGCUUAAUGAUUAAUUAUCUUAAUUAGAAAUUUAAGCUAAAAAUUUGAAUAGAGAAAAUAUAAAUUAGAUUGCAUAUCUUAAUGAAAAAUUAAAAGAAAUGGGUUCUAUUUAGCCAUAAAAUUAGAAUAUAAAUUAUUAUUAUAAUGAAUUGAAAACUUAAAAUUAAGAUCUUAGAACAUAAUUAGAAGAAAAGAAAGAAAAAUUAGAUGAACUUAUUAACAAUCUAAAUCAAGUAAUUGAAAUUAAUUUUACGUAUAAAACUUAACUUAGCGAGUUCUAAGAAAAGUUAUCUAAUGUUAGUUAUAAUAAUGAAAAAGAAAAUGAAGCGUAUUUCAAUUAAAUAAAGUAAUAAAAAAUAACUAUAGCAGAGUUAUCUAAAAAAGUUGAUUAAUAUGCAAAAAAUGAAUUCAAUUUGAAUAAUUAAAUUAAAGAACUAAAAAAUAAUAUUGAAUAAUUGGGAAAUUUAAAAUUAGGAAAUAAAGGUGAUAAUUUUGAUAAAGAAAAAGAAGUAAUAAUUUGUAUUUAUUUAUUAGUUAAAUAAACAUCUUAUACAAAAAACAAAUGAAUAUAAACAAUAAAUUGUAGAUUUAGAAAAUGUAUUAUAAGGUUUAUAGGAAGAACUUUAAUAGAAAAAUUAAUUAAUAUUUAUUCAUGAAAAGACUAUUAAUGAAUUAAAAAAGAAUGGUAAAGAAAUUAAAUAAUAAAUAAUGUCAUCUUAAAUGAGUGGAAUUUUUUUAAAUGAGAAAUAGGUUUAAGAAUAUGAAAGUCAAAUCAUGUAAUUAAAGGAUGAAACUAAUUCUCAAAAAGUAAAGAUUGAGAGUCUAUAAUCUCAAUUAAAAUAAGUUAGAAAGGAUAAAGCUCAUUUAUCUAUGACAUUAAUGAAUUCAGGUAUGCUGAAUAUAUAGUCAAGUGUAACAGAAAAGAACUGA